CUCUCUCUCUCUCACUCUCUCUCUCUCUCUCUCUCUCUCCGGUUCUGGCGGACAUGGCGGCGGCGCGACUGCUGCUCCUGCGGGCCUUGAUGCUGGCCGGGCUGGGGCUGCUGGUUGGCUGGGGCGGCUCCGGAGUGGAGGGGCAGAAGAAAAAAGAGAUGGUGCUUUCUGAAAAAGUAAGCCAGUUGAUUGAAUGGACCAGCAAAAGAUCAGUUAUUCGACUGAAUGGGGACAAAUUUCGACGUCUGGUAAAGGCUCCACCAAGAAAUUACUCUGUGAUAAUAAUGUUCACUGCUCUUCAGCCUCACAGACAAUGUGUUGUGUGCAAACAAGCUGAUGAGGAGUACCAGAUUCUGGCAAAUUCCUGGCGAUACUCAAGUGCAUUUACCAACAGGAUCUUUUUUGCCAUGGUGGAUUUCGAUGAAGGUGCUGAUGUAUUUCAGAUGCUCAACAUGAAUUCUGCUCCAACCUUCAUUAAUUUCCCACCAAAAGGGAAGCCAAAAAGAGGAGACACUUAUGAGCUGCAAGUGCGAGGUUUUGCUGCUGAACAGCUUGCCCGCUGGGUGGCUGAUCGAACAGAUGUGAAUAUCCGAGUAAUAAGACCACCAAACUAUGCUGGACCAUUGAUGCUGGGGCUGCUGCUGGCUGUCAUUGGUGGCCUCGUCUAUUUAAGAAGAAGCAACCUAGAUUUCCUCUACAACAAGACAGGCUGGGCUUUUGCCGCUUUGUGCUUUGUUCUGGCUAUGACCUCAGGACAGAUGUGGAAUCACAUCAGAGGGCCACCAUACGCUCAUAAGAAUCCGCACACAGGUCAAAUGAACUACAUCCAUGGGAGCAGCCAAGCACAAUUUGUUGCUGAAACACAUAUUGUUUUGCUGUUUAAUGCGGGUGUCACUCUGGGGAUUGUGCUUCUUUAUGAAGCCGCUACCUCUGACUUGGAAGUGGGGAAGAGAAAAAUAAUGUGCGUGGCUGGCAUUGGCCUUGUGGUGCUGUUCUUCAGCUGGCUCCUCUCCAUAUUUAGAUCCAAAUAUCAUGGCUAUCCAUACAGCUUUCUGAUGAAUUAAGAGGGUUGCUGUGUUGUGAUUCGCCAAAGUGGAGCCCUGGCGUCCAAGAUUCAGAUCGUGCUACCUCUCUUUGAAAUGAACGAAAUCCUUGCACACCUAACCAAAGAUCCCUGGUGCCUUGGCAAAACGAACUCCUUGCUCCAAACAUCAGGAUGCAUAUUAUAGCACAUUUCUCUUUCCCACUUCUCUGAGGCCAAGGGAUCGCUUCUUGUUUUAAAAACAAGGGAGCCUUAAAAAGGCCACCGUUCCAAAAGCUUAACUCGGCGCAUUUCUUUAUGCCUUGCAUGUGUACAGAUGUUUUCCCUUCGCAGUUCUGCACGCUGCAAGAUCUUCAAGAAGUGGCUUAUCUGGGUUAAUGGGCUUUUUCAGACCAAGAUGGUCCUUUUAAUAGGUAAGCUCCCAUCCUGGCCAUUUUUUCAGCACCUGCAGAGAUUUUAUUUCUCAGCAAGCUUUCUUCCUGGGGAGAACUCUUGCCAGAGCUAGGCAUGCUAUCUCUUGAUAUGGGAAGAGACUCAGAUUUUGGUGUUUCGGUUCUGCGCAAUAGGGGAUUUGCUUUCCCCUAAAGAGCAGAACCAACAGAUAAACACGAAGGGGUUGAAAUAGUUGCGGAACCUCCUAAGCAUUUAAUAAAGUGGCCUCCUUGGGCCUUUUCUCUGAAGAGAAACGAAGGAAGGACGAUGCCAUGUGUGCGACCGUUGCCAUUUCCUGCUGCUGAACUUCCUCGAGUCAUAUGCUGCUCUUCCGUCAAACGGGGACAGUGUUGAGAUCUGCAUCACCCUGUAGAUGCAGUUAAGUUCUAUUAUUGUUGUGCUGAUCUUUACCAAACAGCCACCUGCUGAGCGUUGGUCCUGGACAUUGUGGUCCUCCACUAUGUUCCCAAAAGAGAUCACUAAAAUUAUUUUCAUAAUUGAGCAAUUGGGAGGAAGAAACACAAAAACAACCCCCUCCUCAUCUCUUGUGUAGGCGCUAUGUAUACAAUCCUGGCAUUUGUACCGAAAUCAAAAGGGUUGCCUCAUUGGAAAAAUAGCUGAUGUGGGGAUAACCCACUUAAAUUGGAACAUUUCUCAUUCUGAAUCCCAACUAGGUAUUAGACAUGCUAACCUGUCUAACUAUGGCAAUGGAGACAUACUAUUCAGUGGACUUUUUUUUUUUAAACUUCCAAGACCUUUUGGAGAGGAAAGAAAGAAUCCCAAAAUAAGCAGAGACGGUAAUCGCUGCUUUUCUUCAGGUGAGAGUUGGGUGCCAUUUGAAUAGUUCUCUCUCCUUCUCUGUGUCCUGCUUGGUUUUUGGGCUAAGGCCCAGAUUCUCCAUAGGAAGAAGAGCCCAUCCUGGGUUUGGUAGCAUCGGUUUAUUUUGGGCAAGGUGUAAUAAGGGCUGCGGAAGAUCAAGAAAAAGAUAAUUUCUUGAAGUAGCUACUACUGUAACUCAGCUGUUCAGUUUUCUCUUACGCAGGUUUCCUGUAUUCAAUUCCUUUCAAGUGCCUUAACACCAUUAUCCUAUUUUUCAGUAUUUGAUUCCAACAAUGUUUGAAAAAUACAUUUUUAUAUGAUUGAGAGCAUCCAAGUUGUAGCAUGGAUAUUGAAAUGGCUAUUAUGGAUAUUUGUCAACUUCCAAUAAACAAUUUCUUAGCCUGAA